AUGACCAUCCAAGAGCAGGUAGAAAUUGUCAAGAAAAAGGUAGCAUCUGUAAUGGACAAGCACCGCGUUUUCUGGCGGGAGUAUAAGCAGCAGGUUGUCCGAUUGCAACAUAUCGUUGUCGGAACCCUCUCAACAGUGGGCCAAACGGACACAGCCAUCAAGCUGAACAGUACGGUAGUUUCCCUGCUGGCCGGCAUUGACAGCGCAGCAGACCAAACGCUUGCAGUGGCCAAGGACGCCCGCUCAGUGACCGUAGCAAGUGCCUCCUGCUCAGCGCUGAAGCUGAAUGCAACGCUCAUUCAAGCCACUGAUAAAGUGACCAGUGUGACGAAGCAGUUUGAUGACUUCUUCCAGUUGGUCGACGACAAGUUCCAGGCACUUGCUAAGAAGCUGCCCGUAGGCCUCGUCGAGCAGGCAUCGCAGGCAGUGGCCCAGCUGAAGAAGCGAGGUCUGGAGACUUCCGCCAACCUCCUCAGGGUCUACAAUAAAGCUGCCCAAAAGCAGAUCCAAGUCAUCAACCGUCUCCAGGACAUGUGCGUGGCGGAAG